AUGCCAAUCGAAGUCUUUCUUACUGGUGCUACCGGAUAUAUUGGUGGUGAAGCCUUAUACCAGCUCUUGAACAACCAAGAUGGGAUAGAAUUCCAUGUCACUGCAUUGGUCCGUUCUGAAGAGAAAGGUGAAAAACUUAAGGCUGCAGCAAACAAACCCUCCAAUACCAACAACUCUAAGGUGACUACUGCAAUUGGUUGUUUGGAUGACUUGGACCUCAUUAAAGAAUUGGUCAGCAAGAAUGAAGUUAUUAUCAACACCGCUAAUGUUGACCAUGUUCCAUCAGCCAAGGUCUUGGCUGAGGCUCUUCACACUUCUACUACUAAGAAGGUCUUAAUCCACACUUCUGGUACCUCAGUCCUCGGUGAUAGUUUGAGUGCUAGCAAGGGUCCAUCAACUAAAGUUUAUUCUGAUUCGAAAGAUAUUGAUGAGAUCAACUCUUUGGCUCCAGAACAACCCCACAGACCAGUUGACGAAAUUAUUUUGGACAUUCACAGUCACAACGAAAAGGUUACUACUGCAAUCAUCUGUCCUUCUAACAUUGUUGGUAUCAGCAAUGGUUACGACAAAAUAAUUUCUGUUCAAUCUCCUUUUUUGAUCAGGCUUGCCAAAAAAAAUGGAAAAGCUGUCACCUCCUACUCUGGUGAAUAUAUCUGGAGUCAUAUCCACAUCAAAGAUUUGGGUGACUUGUACUACUUGAUUUUGCAAAAGUUUCUCAACGGUGCAUCUAUUCCUGCUAACAAGGAAGGUUACUAUUUUGGUGCUUACGCCCUUGAGAAUGAAGGCACCCCUACCAAGGAGCCAAGUUCUAUUGAGCACACUUGGAAGCAAUUAUCAGAAUACAUCGGUAAGAGUAUGCACAAGAGGGGCUUGAUCGGAUCUGCAGAGGUCGUCGCAUUUGAACCAGAACCUCUUGUUAAGCUUUCUGGAGACGAGUUUGCUCCAUACUACUGGGGUACCAACUCUAGAAGUAGGGCUGACAAUGGUUAUGCUAUUGGAUGGAAGCCAAAGUACACAAGCAUGGAAGAAUACUGGAAGGCCAUUGAACAGGAUAUUGAUUACAUCGAGAGUAACAACCAAUGGUAA